AUGGGAUUUGACAGCGCUAAGUUCGUCACCAGCGUAGCUGAGGAUAAGAAAUGUUUACUGUGUUACGGGGUGCUAGACAAUCCGGUGAGAGCGUCUUGUGGUCAUGUCUUCUGUUCAGGAUGUAUCCUUCCCUGGGUCAUCACGCAUGGACAGUGCCCAAAGAAGUGUAGAAAUUUAGCCCCAGCCGACCUGGAAAAUGUGCUGCCUUUGAGAGAAGUGAUUCUUAAUUUGAAAACUGAUCGGUUUAACCGAACCAUCAAAGAUCUGAAGAGCAAGCAGAAUGAUGGCGGCACGGCAGAGUCUGGAGUAGAGGUAAGCGGU